GUGGUCCAGAGGAGGAUGGAUGGGACUCUGAACUUCUUCCGUCCGUGGGAACAGUACAAAAUGGGUUUUGGAAACGCCGCCGGUGAACACUGGCUGGGUCUGGACCACAUGUACUACCUGACCCGAAGGGAACCCUAUGAGCUGCUGGUGGACAUGGAGGACUUCAAAGGCCAGAGGGCGUGGUCCGGUUACUCCGCCUUCUCUGUGGGAUGUUCAUGUGACGGAUACAAACUCCAAGUAUCAGGAUUCACCAACGGAGGAGCAGGCGACGCUCUGAAAUAUCACAACGGAAUGAGGUUCUCCACCUUCGACAAAGACCAGGAUAAAGACCGGUCCAACUGCGCCAAACGGUACCUGGGGGCGUUCUGGUACAGAACCUGUCACUACACCAACCCCAACGGCGUCUACCGCUGGGGCGCCGACUCCAGCCUGCAUGCCGUGGGGGUGGAGUGGGCCUACUGGAGGGGCUACGACUACUCCCUGAAGGCCAUUAGCAUGAAGAUCCGCCCGGCAACACACAAGGCUCUGGACUAG